CCUGCACCGGAGGAGGAGGAGGAGGCGACCGGACGGCCACACUCCGCUCCCCUGCGACUGAACUUUAGGGUCUUCAAAAGCAACACUCAGGAAGCCCGGCCAGACUGUGAAUUGUACUUUGUUGUCGCUUAAGAAAAUAGGACAUUUCAGCGUCUGGAAACGUCGCGUCUCAUCAGGGUUAAUCCCAUCCGCUGGAGGGUUUUAAAUAUCUUCUUCCACCGCGAUGAGCGCUGAAAACUCAGACACCGACUCCAACAAGCUGGAGUCAGUGAUACAGAGACUGGAGGAGAGUGUUUUAUCUGAGGAGAAGAGGCUGACAGUCCGGGGCCCUUCACCAGAUGCCCCCCCUACAUGUAUACCAGCAAGAGUACGAGAGAUUGUCACAAAGAACCUCAACGACAGCGCUGGAGCCAUGUCCUCGGUCAUGUCCAUCCAGGAGGAGAACCGGGUGCUGCAGGGAGAGCUGUCUAGGCUGGAGGACCUGCUGGCGCAUAGCCGAGCGGACCGGGAUGAGCUCGCCAUCAAGUACGGUGCAAUUAGUGAGAGGCUGGAGACAGCACUACGUUUUGAGACAGGUGACGGAGACCAUGAUUCACCUGAGUCCCGCAGCCUGGCGCAGCAGAAUGUGGAUUUACGGCGGCGGCUGGAUGAGGAACAGGCGGCCUACAAGCGAAAACUCACUGCCUACCAGGAGGGUCAGCAGAGGCAGGCACAGCUUGUCCAGAAGUUACAGGCCAAGGUGCUUCAAUAUAAAAAACGGUGUGGGGAUCUGGAGCAGAUGCUGCAGGAUAAGUCUUCAGAGCUGGAAAAACAAAGGCCGAGGAGUGAAACAUCAAACGGGAGCAAUCAAGAUGAAUCAUGCAGCAACCUUGAAGAUUCUUUAAUUCGUCUGGAGGAAGAACAACAAAGAAGUAGCAGUCUCUCUGCGGUGAAUGCCAUGCUGAGGGAGCAGUUGGAGCAGGCCGGCUUGGCCAAUGAGGCUCUCAGCCAGGACAUUCGCAGGCUCACUGCUGAUUGGACCAAAGCCAGAGAGGAACUGGAACAAAAGGAGUCUGACUGGAGGAGAGAAGAGGAGUCUUUCCACAGUUAUUUUAGCAGAGAGCAUAGCCGGCUGCUGACGCUGUGGCGACAGGUGGUCGGGUUUCGGAGACAUAUCUGUGAACUAAAGAGCGCCACUGAAAGGGACUUGUCAGACAUGCGUAACGAACUGUCUCGGGCGUCACACACCGCUCAGGUGUCCUGCGCUGAUGUGUCUGCCAUGCUGAGCAGCCGGGAGGGUGGAGCAGCUCUGGCCCUGGAUCGGGAGAAGGCUCUGCGAGUUCAGCUGGAGGAGCAGCUGAGAGAACGCUUGUCAGAGAUGAUGAAUUUUCAGACCAGGACAGACUCAGAGAGAAGUGAGCUCAACGUCAGGUUGUCGGAUUCGGUGCGAGAGGGGGAGAGACUGAAGGGCCUAAUUGAAGAGAGAGACCAAGAAAUGAUGGUGCUGAUGAGGAGGCUGGAGGAGCAGAAAGGUAAUAAUAAUUCUGACGUGCAAGUGCUGAGAGCUCACACUGAGACACUGUGUGACACCCUACGAGACAUUGCUCAGACGGUUUGCUCAGAUGGAGAGUCAUCAUCCGAGGCAGACCAAGACAACACCAGCUCUGCUCUGAUGUCGUUGAUCCGCGGCUCCUCCUCUUGCCGCUCCCCCUCUCCUCGCAGGUCCACCUCCCCUACUCGGCCCUCCUCCUCGCUGGCUCCCAUUUCUGAAGCAGCACUGUCUGCCCUGCGCUCUGCAGUCACAAACAAGACUGUCCAGCUGCAGGAUGUUCGAGGCCGUCUGCUUUCCAACCAGUCUUCAUUGCAACAGCUUCGUAAACAGCUGUCAGAGACUGAGUUGGUCAAAAAAGAUGCAGAACAACGUAACCAAGCUCUGCAGAGAGAGAGGGAUGCAGCACAGAGAGAGAGGGAUACCACACAGAGAGAGAAGGAACGUUUGAAGCAGGAGAGAGACACCCUGGCCAGUGAGAAGGCGAGCUUGGAGAAGGGUGCGCAGGCCGCUCAGAGCAGCUGUCGGGCCCUGCAGAUGGACUGUGAGAAGCUUCAGCUGACUGCGGCGUUCACACAGCGUGAGCGAGAUCACGAGAGGGAGGAGAAGGAAGCGGCCAUUCAGGAGCGAGACCGGGCCAAGGCAGAGACUCAGAGGAUUCAGAAGCAGUGGGAUCAGAGCGAGAACCGAGCCUCUGCCCAGCGUGGAGAGUUGUCUGCAGUGAGGGAGACUCACCAGCAGGGAGAGGUGGAGAGGCAGCUGCUUGAGGGAGAGAAAGCCCAACUCUCUGAAGCUCUCGCUCGGGUUGAAAGCAGUAACGCUGAGCUCUCCCUGCUGCUGAACAAAAUGCAGUCUGAGGAUGCAGCUCUCAGAGAUUCUCUGGCUAAGAUGGGAAGCAUGAACGAGGGCCUGGUCCAGGACAAAGCUGACCUGAACACCUACAUCCACCAGCUGGAGGAAGAGAAGGCCCUUCUGCAAAUUCAAAGACGAGAAGCGGAGCAGGAGAAGUUGACCCUCAGGGAUGAGCUGGUCCGGUUGGAGCAGGAACGGCUGGAGCUGGACUCAACCCGUAUCUCACUGCACAAUACACUGCAGGACUCUGAGCAGAGCAGGACCGGGAUGGAGGAAGAGCUGCUGGGUCUCAGGGCCGAGAGAAUGAAGAUGCAGGAGCAAGUCACACAACUUUGUGCUGAGGUGACCUCUCUGGGAUCAGAGUUGAAUUUUGCCCGAGAAGAGGGCCAGCGGAGUGAGGUGGCUUUAGAGGAAGCCGGCCGCAGUCGUGCAGAACUGGCUCGAGACAAAGCAGCACUGGUGGUCCAGCUGACGGCGUCAGAGAGGGAAAACACAGUGAUGUCAGAGGAGCUGGCAGCUUUCAGGUCAGAGAGGGAGUCCCUGGAGACCAGCCUGUUUGAGGUGCAGCAGCAGCUUAUUCAAGUGGAGUCUCGUAGAGAGCAGCUGGAGAUGGAGAACCAAAACCUUAGAGUCCGCUGUGAGACUUCAGCAGCUGAACUGCGGCGAGUUCGUUCAGAUGAGGAGAAUCUUUUGGCCCAGGCUGAGAGGGAGAAACACGCUCUGACUCAGAGUCUAAAUGCUGCACAGCUGGAGGCCCAACAGGCUUUACGCAAGACCAUCUCCGAACAUCAGGAGGAGGUGGAGCGGCUGGUCUCAGAAAAGGAUACCUUGCAGCGCAGUCUGCUGAUGGAGCAUGAGGCCACUCUGAAGAAGCUCAGGCAGGAGGCGGAGGAGCAGCUCCACAGAGCGGAGAGAGAAAGAGAAGAGCUGCAGGAUGAACUGAGGAGCCUCCAGCAUGACAGAGAUCAGAGUCUGCUGCAGGCAGAGACCGAGAAACAACAGGCCCUCUCCCUGAGGGAGGCAGAGAAAGCACUGUUGUGUGACAGGGUGUCAUCUCUGCAGGCUGAGCUUUCAGCUGCAGUCAUGGAGGUUGAGCAGAUGUCAAGAGAAGCAGCACAUUACAAAGAGCAGGAGCAGAUCAGAGUUGAUGCUCUGUCCAGCGAGCUACAGGAGCUUCGCUCUCAGCUGGAGGAUGCAGCUUCUCUUCAAGAGAGGGAACUCCAGACUUCACAGCAGAGCUGUGCUGAUCUUCAGUCGCGUGCUGAUGUCGCUCUAAAAGAGCUGGACCAGUGCAGAGCUUCUCUCUCUGCUAGUGAGGAAAGUCGAGACCAGCUCAAGCGGGAUGUGUUGGACAUGGAGCGACGUCUGAACCAAGCUCAGGAAGCAGCAGAAAAGUCCAGAAGAGAGGGGGCAGACCUGCGACGCAGCGUGGGCGACGUCACCAAAGAGAGAGAAGCUUUCAGCCAAUCAAACUGCCAGUUGAGAGACAGUCUGCGAAGUGCAGAGUCAGAGAGGAUCAGUUUGAAACGACAGUGUGAGGAGAAGGAGCAGAGGCUGGCUGUGCUGGAGGAGAAUUUCUCAUCUGCUCAGAAGGAAGGGAUUGAGCUGCGAAGCUGUCUGAGGGAAGUUGAAAGGUCAAGACUGGAAGCUCGACGUGAACUCCAGGAACUCCGCAGACAGCUGAAGGUUCUGGAUGGAGAGAAGGAUCAGAAAGAGAUGGAGGCUGCAGAACUACUGGCUCGCCUGACACUGGAGGAGCAGAAAGAGGAGGAGAGAGGGAAAGAUGUUAUCGGUAUUAAACAAAAGUUAAACAAAGCUGAAACAGCUCGAGACUCCCUCAAGAGAGAGCUUUCAAUGACAGUGAAGCGUCUGGAGGAGUCCGAGCUGGGCUGGCGCUGCUGUGAGAAAGAACUGAGUGCUCAGCUGCAGGAGGCGCGUGGCUGUGAGAAGAAGCUGCAGGAUGAGGCCAAGAACCUGGCACUGCGCGCUCAGGCAGCUCAGGACUCUGCUGCUCAGUGCAGCCUGCAGCUGAGUGAGGCUCAGGGGCGCCUGGCUGCCACAGAGGCUGAGCUUAACCGGUCUGAGGCCGGGAGGAGGGACCUCGAGUUUCGCCUCGGCAGCAUUCAGUCAGCGCUGACACGGACGCUGGGCAUCGGAGCAAGCGGGAGAGGAGGCAGGGGGAGGAGCCCAGGAGCAAGCUCUGCAUCGCCGUGCACUUUAUCACGCCACCAGAGCAUCUCACCCCUGCGUGCAUCAUUGUCCCCCCCUAAAGAUCUUAGAGUGAGCACCCCUGACGUCACUUUAGGCUCAGUGUCUCCCGAAAGAGGGGACACACCGCUGCCUCUCCCUCAGCCUGAGCUGGACCCUGACACACUGCGGAGUGACCUGAGAGACUUCCUGCAGGAGCUGCGUGAGGCACAGAGGGAUCGGGAUGAUACUCGACGGCAGCUGGGGGGCUUGCAGAGGGAGCUGGAAGAGCUGAUGGAUGAUCGAGACACGGCUCAGAGUCGCCUCGCUACGCUGCAAAAUGUCUUACAGGAAAACCAAGAAGAAAAGCGAGGACUGGAUGAGCGUCUGAACACCACACUGAUUAUGCUCCAGCAGCAGGAGGAGGCAGUGAGGAGAGGAGACAGAGAGAGGAGGACUCUGACCGACAGGGUGAAGGAUUUAGAGCGAGCGCUGCAGACCGCUGAGACGGAUAAAAAAAACACACAGGAGCAGUUAAAUAAGCAGCGCGCUGCAGAGAUGCGUCUGGAGGCAGAGAGGAAACGUCUGCGGGAGGCGCUGGAGGCAGCUGAAGCCCGGGCCACCAGGGUGGAGCUGGGGAGGCGCAGUCUGGAGGGGGAGCUGCAGAGACUCAAAUUGAGUCUUGGCGACAGGGAGGCUGAGAGCCAGACCUCCCAGGAGCGCCACGACUCUCUGCUGAAAAAGGUGGCAGAAGGAGAGGCCCGUGUGUCUCUGCUACAGAGAGAGGUGGAGAGGCUAAGCCAGGCUCUGCUCAAAGCUCAGGAAGGUGAAAAUUCACUCAAAGAGAAGACCUCUGUCCUGAAAAAGAGCCUCCAGGAGGCAGCGACCGCUCACAGCAGCACACAGAGUCGUCUGGCCGCUCUGCAGAAUACGCUGAGUGUGGCUGAACAGGACAAACGCUUUCUACAGGAAAAAACGGAAGAAACCCGGUCUUCGGUAACAGAGGGGAAGAGAAACAUCUCCGCUCUCACUGAACAUGUGCAGAGCUUGCAGAGUGAGCUGAGCCAGAGUGAGCUGAGAAGAGAGGAACAAGAGACUGAGCUCAACAACUUUCAAGAGGCUCUUCGUCAGCGCUCAGCCAGCCUCGCAGAGGCUCAGCGCAGUGCUCAGUCCGCUCAGACAGAGCGGGCUGCUGUGGAGGAGCGACUGCGUGGGCUGCAACGUGCUGUCGCCAUGCUGGAGGCUGAGAAAAAAGAUGCAGAAAGACAGGCAGUGAGGCUGGAAAAAGACAAAAACGCUCUGAGGAAUACACUGGAUAAGGUCGAACGUCAGAAGCUGAAGACGGAGGAGGGCAGCAUGCGGCUGUCUGCAGAGAAAAGCCGCCUGGAUCGCUCUCUGAACACCAGCGAGCAGGAGCUGCAGGAAUCACAGCAACAGAUACUGAUGCUGCAGACUCAGCUGGCUGAGAUGGAGCAGUCCAACAAUCUUUGUGAGAGUUUGGUGAAGCAGCGUGACGAGGCCCAGCGGGAGUCAGAGAGACUGAGGAGCAGCUACAGGGACAUGGAGCGAACACUAGGCACCAGAGAGCGCGCUCACCGACACAGAGUCAAAGGCCUGGAGGAGCAGGUGUCCACUCUGAAGGAGCAGCUGCAACAAGAGAUGAAACGGAGGCAACCUUCUCUUCCAUCCACCUUGUUGUCAACAGGAAACUGAGAAGCAACUGACAACCAGAAGCACCAGCACUCAAUGCAUGUCGAAUCCAGAGAGAACAUCUUAUUGUGAAUGUGUGAAAGCAAUAUUUACUUAUAGAAACAUUCCUAACAGAUCAUACUCUUAACUCUGCUGUUUAAAAUGUGACUCGUUCUUUAAAAUUGACCGCACAGUUAUUUUAAAAGUGUUCAAUGUUUUGUAUGAUGAAGAAAUGUUCAUGCGGUACAUCAGUGACAAGGGCGAAGGAGCAGAUUGAUCUUAUCCAGCAGCUGUACUGGGAACACCAGCAGCCUGUUGAUUACUGGCAGCCAGCUGUACUUGAUCCUGGCCCACAAUUUUCUCAGACUUCCUGCUUUUACUCAAGAACAACCCCAAAUAACCGCAGGAUUCCCCGUGAAGACAGAAACUGGAUGCAGUGCAGGAACAAAAAUCUGCUGGUAGUGCAGUUUGGCCUUGAUUUGCCCUAAUCUUAUGCUAACAUUUGAGGACACUAGAGGAGAAAAUAAGGUCUUCUCUGUUUGUUGGUGCUAGAAAACACUAGACUGAGUAUAAUGAAGGAGCUGCACUGUCCUAACCCAGAUGCAGAUUUUACUGAUUGUGGCAUACUAGCACUGAAGAAUGAAUAUAGUAUAUCUUUUAAUAGUUAAUGCUAGUUUCCUAGGUGUAUAUACUUUUUACUUUAUAUAAACUGACAGACUGACAAUUAAUUACAGCAAUAUGACUUGUAUGGACAAAACACAUGGAAGCCACAUGUCUGCAGAAGAAUAAACUCACUGUGUGCACCAUAA